AUGAGCGGCAUGAAACUGCGCGACAGCAUCCGCGCACCGGUACGAUAUGGCGAGGACGAGUUCGAAACACCAUCACGGAUCUCGCUGCGCCACGGAUACGAUGAGCUCUUUGACGACUCCCUGGAGCUUAGUGAAUCAGGCAGGCCGCGCCCACAAAAGAGGCGCAGGACAAACACUGUGCCAUUCAACCCUAACCUGCCACCAGCCGCGUUUCCCAGUUUGAGCAGACAACAGCCAGGCCGUAACUCCACGGCCUCCAAGGAGAAUCACGCCGUUGGCGGUAGCCAACAGAACACACAAGUGACGGAUUUUGUACUUAACCCCCGCAAUGUUGGGUCAACGCCAAUUGGUUCAUCGUCCGCGGCUGGGAUUGAACGAGUCCCGAUGAACCAACUCGAGAAUCACGUCGCCAGUAACAACAUGGACAAUCCGGUGUAUGCGAAGAAUAUGAACAUGGCGCGCAUGACUCGUAUGGAUGACGCUCCAGGUCCAGAGGAUAUGGCCACCUCUCCGGAUAGUGAUGACAAUCCACUGCCAGAUGCGACCCAGGCACUCCUUGAUACGAUCCCUAGCCCAAAAUGGAAAGAUCUGCACAAAGCCAUGCAAGUUGAAAUCGUCGAAAACACAAUGAAGUAUCACAGCUGGAGACGUGUUUGCGACCUUCUUGGCCUUGGAUCAGACGAGCGUACAGACCUCAAGCAGGUCAUAGGCAUUCGCAAUAAACAGAUCGAACGAGAGAACAAACGACUGGAGCAAAUGCGGCGCAAACAACGCAACGCACUCAUGAGAAUUGAUAACAGCGACUUGAAGCUUUUCCAACCGCCGCCUCAACUGGUGCUGAAAAGGAUCACCCGAGAGACCAAUCGCAACCUGUUUCUCACCAAAUACACUGACCUCUUGAUGUGUCAAGCCCACGACGUCCUAAAAGCCAGACAGUACUUGCAUCAGCACGGGCUACCUCGAAGGUAUGCUGGCGAUUGGGGAGACAGCCUGGUGGUCCUGCGAGAAUCCGAGGAAAGCUCCCAUGAACCUGACAAGUUCGAAUGGAAAGAGAACCUGAGAUUCAGUCCGCCUCCUGAUAAGAUCGAGACCACAAUCAACCCUUUCCUGGACCCAACCAGCAGUGCCAAGGCCGAAUUCAUUCAUAGCAUUGGUAUGAACGGCACAAUGAAUCCAAAGGAUUUAGUUCGACGUAGCACUGACCCGGAACCCCUGAUGAAUUGGGGAAAGUAUUAUGAACGGAACCCGGACUUGUCGUGGGACACCAAAAAGCCCCGACUUGGUGGAAUGGUCAAGGUGAAUUUCGGUUCACACAACACCGCGCAAAUCAAGCAAUACGAGCAAACCGGUGUCAGAUCCCAAGGAUUAACCUCUCCGAGACCAACGAUCACCAUGUCAGAGUCACCUCCGCCGGAGUUUCCACAAGAAACACCGUCUAGGGGGCCACGGGAUGUGAGUUAUGCCCAGCCUAUUUUCCAGAAACCUGCUAGGCCAUUCAGCAGAGUGCUCGCUGGCAACUGGCCUUCGGUACAUUCUAGCCCAUCCGAGAGCCAAUCCAAGUAUCAGCGAAGAAUACGGCAGGCCCAGCUUGAAAAAAUACAGGUUGAAGCAGAUGCGAUGCGCCGUCGGUACAACCUCCAGCCAGACCUUCGGGUUAAUGGCGUUGGUGUUGGAAUCAGUCCCAGACAUGGAAACCCUCAGCCGCUUCUACUGACCCAGCCAGUCGAAGAAAACAUGCCUUCGAACUUCUUUGCCCGGGCGUACCGUGGAAUGACGAAAAUAAACAUUGACCGCCUCAUGGAUGAAUUUGUCUGCUAUGAGCCUACUAUGAUGCCCGAAGAAAGUGAGCCAGAGCAACACGAGGAAGAGCAGCCUGACGAGCAACAAAGUUCCAGUGACAUCAGCUCGAUCACCGAUGUGUCCAUGGAUGAUGUGAUGUUGGUGCCGACGGAUGGUUGUUCCUCUUCGCAGUAG